AGACAGACAGACAGACAGCAUGAGUCGCUUUCUGAACGUCUUGCGGAGCUGGCUGGUGAUGGUGUCCGUCAUCGCGGUGGGAAACACCGUGCAGAGUUUCAGAGACCACCGCUUCCUGUCAGAGAAGCUCUACACGGGCACGCCGGAGUUUGUGAAUGGUCUCCAGGCUCGAACAUUUGGUAUUUGGACAUUGCUGUCAUCGAUCAUUCGCUGCGCCUGUGCCAUUGAUAUCCAGAACCGAACGCUGUAUCACAUCACCUUAUGGACGUUUGUGCUGGCGCUGGGCCACUUUCUGUCUGAAGCUUUUAUCUACAAAACUGCACCUCUGACUAUCGGGGUCAUGGCACCUCUCAUUGUGGCAAGUUUCUCUGUCAUAGGAAUGCUGAUUGGAUUCCAGUGUUUUCCAGAGACAGAAGAGGAAGUCGGAGCACGACAGAAGAAACGUAACUGAAUCCCAGAAGUUUGGUUUUUCGUUGUCCAUUGAACCCACCUCUACCAACACCAGCCAAUUGUGGAGUGGACUGGUCCUAGGGUGCUGCUUCUUGCCUUGAAGAACAUGAGAUCUGGACGUACUUUCCUUUCCUAUUGUGGAACCUUCUAAACACUACAUACAUCUCUACCUUGAUGUAUUUUAUGGUUUUUAACUUGACAUUUUACAGUUGACAGUGCAAUCACGAAAUGUUUGACAGAGUCACUUCGAACGUACAGUCAUGUUACACUACAGUGAUUGAUGCGAGCUGGUUAGUAAUUACAUCAGUUUCAAGUGAGCAAUACAUGGAGGUUUUAUGUUGAUAAUUUUGUAUCUUAGUAGUGGUUGCAGCAAAACGUCCGAAGUUUUCAACUGAAACUCGUCAGUGCUCAAUGACACUCAUCCAGAUGCAUCUAUGCCCAUAAAUUGGGUUUUUUUUUGUAUGUGUAUGGUUGUGACUGUAGCGUCACUGGGUGAAAUGAUUACAGAAAUAGUCCAGAGCCGAUUUCUCUCAGAAUGGUGAUUGUUUUAUUUCAGCAGGCUAUCACUUCCAAUUCAUUUUUUUUAUUCAUGAUUUACUAAAGAACUGAGAUGUGUAUACAGUAUAAAACUAUGCUCUUCAUUACAAAGUAUCACAAACACUUAUAUCAGCAAUUAUUCUUAAUGUUCUUUGCUGUGAAAGCUUGUACACCCUUUGAAUUUCUGCACAAUUAUUGUCCUAUAAAACCUUUUUAAAAAUUAAA